ACUUUGGAGAAUAUUAAAACUUCAACCAACAAAAAACGAAACUGGUCAAAUAGAAAUUGUUAUUUGAAAGCCUCUAUAUAUAAACUUCUCUGUUUCAGGUUUACAAUUCCUUUUGAAGAGCUAAAAAUCAAAUGGCGAAUCUUAUUUCGUUUCAUGACGUAUGUAAACAUAAGUGCAAGAACGAUUGUUGGAUUCUCAUCCAUGGAAAGGUCUAUGACAUCAGUACCUUCAUGGACGAACAUCCCGGCGGUGAUAAUGUUCUCCUCGCCGUCACCGGAAAAGACGCGUCGACCGACUUCGAAGAUGUGAAUCAUAGCGAUGACGCCAAGGAGCAAAUGAAGAAGUAUUGUAUCGGUGACGUUGACCAGUCAACGGUUCCGGUGACGAAGAAGUAUAUUCCGCCGUGGGAGAAGAAGGAGAAGUCUACGACGACGGAAACAACUAAAGAAGAACCUGGAAACAAGCUGCUCGUUUACUUGAUUCCUCUCUUUAUUCUCGGUGUUGCCUUUGCUCUCAGAUUCUACAACAACAACAAGUAACCCCAAAAUUAUGAUGAAAAAGAUCGAUCACAGAGUUUCUUACUGUUGUUCUUGGUUUUUUUGUGUGUUCGAAAUAACGGGCUUCUUAUGUGAAGUUAAAAAAGCCCAUGAUUUAAGAAAUUUGAUUAUAUUAUGUCUUAUUUAUUAUUUAUGCUAUGUUACUGGAGUCUGGAACCAAUAGGCACUUUGAUAUAUGCCAGUUUCUUAUAGCAAUUAUUUUGGUUAUUGUCA